UGGCAGUCUGCAAAAUUAACCCAUCGCCUGAUCGCCAAUGCGAUGAAAUCUCAGCUCUGGCGAUGUAAAAAAUGAAUAUAGAUCGCCUGAAUUGCGAUGAAAAAAAAAUCAGAGAAAAUAAACCAAUAAAUAAUCAAUUUACGCAUUUCAGGUGUAAAUUCUUACAGUGACACCGCUUUGGUUACUUCCCUUAGUUUUCUAUCGUUAGUGAUCUCCCUUAGAUGUUAUAGAGAGUGUAAAGUCCGGCUCGCAUAUUUAAAAUGUCGUAAUACUUUUGGUAAACUGAAAUUCCAUUCUACGCCGAUAAAUGAAAUAAUAGUGCGUUUUUUUUUUAUAAAUUAGGUAAAACGGUUGAAUGUAUGUUAUUAAUAGCCUUGAAAUUACGAAAUAACCGUAACAGUGUUUAUUAUUCAUAUGAUUAAGAUCGAUACCCGUGAGCACCGGCUUUGAAUUUGUACUGGUAAAUACUUGCUGCCGAGAAUUACACUUUUUUCGUCUGCUAAGGUCAAAAAUGUUUAAGCUUAAAGCGCCGACAUCUAGUUCUGUCCCUGGAAAAAAGAAGUUGCCACCACCAACGGAUGAGACUGUAGCGAAACGCAGGAAAUAUGAGCAGCAAGAUAAAGAGCGUGUUUAUCAGAAAUGUUGGGAGGUUGGACGGGAAUGGCUUGUUUAUAUAUCUGAAAAGAAAGUAAUGAAAUGUCAAAUAUGCAGCCAGUACUGGGAUUUAGAAAAAAGAAAGUCUCUUAGGCCUGAGGCAAUCCAAUGGCUGGAAGGGACUGACAUUCUCAAAAAAGACAGUGUUGUCAAACACGAGAAGACAAAGUACCAUGAAACGGCUGUGUUGUCUGGUGAGAAGUCUGUCCAGGAAAUUCAUACAUCAAAAGCAGCAGAAGCCCUCAAACAACUUCGGGAGGCUGACAGAACCCAAAUGAGUUACAAAUUCAGAAAUGCCCAUGCUGUGGCAAAGUGGGAUCUGUCACUCAAAUCUUAUGCUCGUCUGUGUGAGCUCGAUCAAGCAAAAGGCCUCAAAAUGAAUAACACAUAUCAAAAUGAUAUGUCAGCAAAGCAUUUUAUUGAAUAUCUUGCAAAGGACACACUAUCUUUCAUCCGUAGAGAGGUUGACAAAGCUAACUACCUCUCUAUAACUGUAGACGGGAGUAGUGAUGCUGCAGGCAUAGAACAGGAAUCGAUAUAUGUGCAUUUUGCCAGAGCUGGAAAAGUAUAUCAAAGGUUUAUUUGCUUUGCCUCCCCCGUGACAACUGCCUCUUGUGACAUUUAUGACACAAUUGUAGAAAGUUUGGACAGCUACUUGCCAGGAGCACGUGAUAAACUUGUAGGUCUGACAUGUGACGGAGCUUCCAAUAUGUUAGGUGUCCACAAGGGAGUUGGAGCUCUGCUGCUGAAGGAAAAGCCUGGCUUGGUAAUAACUCACUGCCUUGCCCAUCGGCUAGAAUUAGCCAUAAAAGAUGUGUUUAAGACAAACAAGACAUAUGACAAAGCAAUGACUUUAUUAGUUGGUGUGUUCUACUGGUAUAAACGCAGUUCCAAGCAACAAAAAGAACUAGCUAGAACCUUUAAAGCUCUUAAUCCGAAAUCAGUGCCAUUGAUGCCAACCAGAGCAGGCGGAACAAGAUGGGUUUCUCAUAUGAUGAAAGCCAUCAACACAUUUCUCAGGGCCUACGUCCCUAUCACAACACAUCUUGGACAUGCCUCCAACAGCAACAGCAAGGCUGAAGGUCUGCACAAGUUGGCAACAUCAAUGACCAUUAUGGUUUUCCUGGUUGUACUGAAGAACAUUCUAGAGCCAGUCAGUCGUAUGUCGAAGCUGCUGCAAGACCCAACAACUACUCUAGGCGAUGUGAAACACAUGAAGCAGUCAACUCUCCAGAGUUUAUCAGAUCUUGAGGUUUGCCAAAGUGAUGAGGAAGAUGUUGUCAGAACAAUCAUGGAGAGUCAGACCUACAAAGGGGUCAAACUUACCCAGAAAGGGAUUUCACCAAAUAGCUAUCAAAAUGCUCUAGCAAACUCAGUAUCUGAAGAAAUCUCUGCAAGAUUGUCUAAUGAUGAUGAUUUGUUAGAAGCAUCACAGAUAGUAAAUUUCAAAAUCUGGCCUAGUCAUGACGACCGGAAGGCUAUACAGGGGUUUGGUCGGAAUCACAUCACUGAGCUGUCCAAGCGUUUUCCUGCAAUAGAUGAGGAAGCAGUGAAAGUAGAGUUUCAACUCCUGAAGAAUCUGCUGUAUUCAAGGUAUGGUGCCCAAAUUAAAGAGCUGCAUUGGGAAGAUGCCGCUAGUGUUUUAAAUGGCCAUGGGGUUGAUCAGGCUUUAGAUAUGGUUGACUUGAUUCUGAGCCUCCCACCUACUUCAGUAUUCAACGAGAGAUCUUUCUCACACAUGAAACUGAUGAAGACAGACAGGAGAUGCCGUCUGAAGAGCAGCACCAUGUCAGACUUGUGUUUGGUAAAAUUGGAAUCUGCACCUGUGGCAUCAUUUGACCCAACAUCAGCAAUAGAUCUUUGGGCUACCUCAUCUUCCAGACCCAGGCGUCCGAACUUCAUGAGAAAGAAGACAAAGGCAUCAACAACCGUUGAUGAGGUGUCAACUGAUGUGGACGUACCUCUGGAUGGAGCUAGAUCUAUUGACACUGACAGUCUUUCCGAUGAUGAGAGUGACGAUGAUGAGGAUGAUGAUGAUGUUGAUGAUGAUGAAAACUUCGAAAAUAAUGAAAAUAACAUUGCAAAAUAUUGUAAAGAACUCUCAGAGUCAGAUGUCAUGGAAUAAAAGUUUGAAACCUGGACUACUGAUUUGUUUACAAUCUUAACCCCCCAAUUGCAAUCUAUAUGGAACUUUAAAUAACGACUGUUGUUGAAUCGUCCUUUCAUGAUAAUGUCACUGUAAUGAAUUCAUUUUUGUC